CCAGUCUUGUAGUGGAAUGCGUGGUUACAACUGUCUUGCAGUAUGGGCGCUUUCUGCCUGUACUCAUGUGUUUGCAAACCCCAUAGCAUUACCAGCACCAGAUCCGCGAAUGGGAACCUCGAGUUGUACUAUAGAACCACUCAUUCCAGAUACACGGAAAAAGCUUCACAUGGAUAAAUGGCUGAAAAACUAUGUGGUCUCUUUGGGCAAUAUAACCCACGAAGAAAUCAAUAUCCAAGCUUUUUCGGAAUCUCUAGGCGCCCCAAAUUUCUUCUGGUAUGUCUCUCUCUGCUUGACACUGGUAAAAGAGAUGCAGCUAGAGUACUAAUACCUCCAUCAUAGUGGUCUCGAUAGAUUCUGCUUCGCCGGUCAGCCGUGCAUUCCAGUCAAACUUCCUGCAUGGUAAGUUCUCAGAUUUCAUCCGUGACAAUACACUAAUAUCUCCUUAGGUACGCACUGGCAGCUAUUCAAACUUGGAAUAACUAUAUGAAUUCAAUCAACACGGCUGUACGCUAAUCCUCUAUCAUCAUAAUGAAGGUGUUGCCAAGAGUGGUCCAGGAUUUAUACAAUGAUCCGAGAGACGGCGUGACCAGGAUCCAGGAGUUGGCCAUCCUACUCAACAUGAUAGCUGCAAUCAUCCCCGCUACUGGCCACUGGGGUGAUAUCAAUGAUUAUUCGAACUCCGGUCUAGGUGUCUUUGUGAGGAGAAUCAUUCAAACGCCAGCGCCUGCUGAUGAGUUCGUCACUUGGAGCGAUCUCUCCAUUACCAUCGCAACUAUGGCUCAAGAUUACGAUAGAUUCAUACUGCAAACAUUUCAGGAUGUCAUCAAUACACCCAUCGGAGCACCAGGUGGAAUUAACUCCAUCUUAAGCGGGGGAGGGUUUCUUGGUUUAAGCUCAAGAAUUACGGAAGCCGACUUCGAAUAUCACACUAAGCUUCAAGACAAUAUUUUUGAGGCAGUAACCCUUUACUCCAUAACGCUUGCUCUCAGAGCCCAACAGAUAUUUUUGCAGGUUACUUACAGCGAGAAAAGUAAAGCGAAGAAUUGUCACGAUUUGAACAAAAUUGGAGCUGCUGGUAUGUGUGUGCAACGUAAUGGAGGAUGGACAGGUUAUGUAAUUCUACAAUCAGAGGACGGAAAACUUACCCGCCCCAAGAAGAUUGCGGAGAAGCUGAUUAGCGCUUAUGGAUUAACGAAGGAGAGGAUUUUUCUUGAUACUGUCAAAUGCUUUGUUGAUAAUGGCGGGAAGCAGGUCCCGGAUCCGUUUGUACGCACGGCUGUAGUUAACGCAACGACGCCUUGUAUCUUCUACAUGGAAGUGCGAGAAUCAACUUAA